CAUGUGACACUCAUGUGACCAAAACAGUGUCAUGAGAUUUAGUUGACGCAGUUGAUUGAACUUGUCGAUUAGAUUUAGACCGAUUCCUCGACAACGGCAGCUGAAAUGAAGUGCCUUGUGGUAUUGAGUGUCCUCAUAGCUGUGGCUGUUGGCAAGACUCUGAAGUUUAUUCCGUUGUCCGAGGCUAACUAUGCAACCAAGUCAAAAGAGGUGCCCAUGUUUGAUGUGGAAUCCGAGGAAAUGAUCUACUACAUCAAUAAUGUGGCUAAGACGACUUGGAAGGCUGGUCACAACUUCGAGGGAGUUCCCAAAUCUCAUAUUGUGAAGUUACUCGGAGCAUUGAAGGAGCCAGAACAUUUGAAACUGGAAGAAAUCGCCCAUGAAGUUCCAAAAUCUAUCCCUGACACAUUCGACUCGAGGACGCAGUGGCCCAACUGCCCGACAAUCAAGGAGAUCAGAGACCAAGGAUCAUGCGGCUCAUGCUGGGCAUUUGGUGCUGUGGAAGCCAUGUCUGACAGGACCUGCAUCCACUCCAAUGGAACAGUGAACGUUCAUCUGUCUGCAGAGGAUCUGCUUAGCUGCUGCUGGCUCUGUGGAAUGGGUUGUAACGGUGGCUUCCUCGGCCAAGCGUGGCGAUUCUGGACAUGGUACGGCCUGGUUUCUGGAGGCCAGUACAACAGCAGCCAGGGAUGCCGUCCCUACACCAUCCCAAGCUGCUCGCAUCAUGUCAACGGGACCAAAGCGCCGUGCAAGGGCGACGCCAGCACCCCAGGCUGUUCAGAGAAAUGUGAACCAAAUUAUAAGGGGACUUACAAGAGUGAUAAACAUUAUGGAAAAACACACUAUUCUGUUUCCUACAAAGUGGAACAAAUUCAGACUGAGAUAAUGACAAACGGUCCAGUAGAGGCUGCCUUUACCGUAUAUGCUGAUUUCCCGACGUACAAAUCCGGCGUCUACCAACACGUCUCUGGAGGAGAGCUCGGCGGUCAUGCGAUCAGGAUCCUUGGCUGGGGAACGGAGAAUGGCACGCCAUACUGGCUGGUUGCUAACUCCUGGAACCCAGAUUGGGGUGACAAAGGUUAUUUCAAGAUCUUGAGAGGCAAGGACGAGUGUGGAAUUGAGAACUCGGUGGUCGCCGGCCUUCCUAAGCUGAGUUAGAUUUUAAACAUCAGGAUCCUGUCACCAAGAAAUGUUGACAGGAUCCUGUCACCUAGAAAUGUUGACAGGCUGUUCCCAUUUGCUGAUUGAAGCACACAAAUAUCUAUAUCUCAGUACAUGUAUAUUGAUUAGAGUCACAAGUCACACUGUUGACAGGUGUGCUUAGAGAUUCCUGCCCAGUAUAAAACCUGUGAUUGUCUGCUGACAGGUGACACCAUUUCUAAAUGUUUCAUGUCCACCUAUGAUUGUGUUCUGGUGUCAUAUUCCUCGAGGGGUCUUGGCCAUAUCUUGAUCAUUUCAUGCAAAUUCAAGGAUUGUAAGGGAAGAUUGGCAAAUGAUUUUUGGCAUUUUAAGUUUGUGUACCUGAAUCCUUCCAUCAACCAGAUUGUUGUACAAAUCUAUUUGGUAUUAACUGUUCUGAUCCCCAAAAGUUUACUCAGGAAUGUAUGUUGGUCUGGGGAAGCAUCUUCCAAUGUGUCCGAGUCGUCCUCAUGAAAACCAAUGUAUGUCUUGGGGUUGACCCAUGAUGCAAUGUUUUGAAAGUGAAAUGUGUAUAAUUUUGAAAAUGCUGAUAUUUUUGAAAGGUUUUCUAAUAUAUGAAAAUGAUAUUCA